AUGAUGAGCACUCGUAGAGGCCUCGGUAUUGGACGUGAAACUUGUGGUCGUUGGAGUAGGAGGUUUACUGCACAUAAGUAUAGGACUAGGAAUUGGAGUAGUAAAAUCAUGAAUAGUUUGGCUGAUUGGGUUGGGCUUAGGUGGUAUUUCAUGGCAUGGAGAUACAUUCGUCCAACUAGCGAUUUGAGAUGGAGUUACACAAACGACAUGGGAUGGGUGAUUUUGGAAAGGAAAUGUGUCUUCAAUGAAGACUACAUAGGAAUGAUGAAGAAGAGUGAGUGCUUGUUUCUAGGAUAUGUCCGUGAUGACGUUCAGCAACUCCAACACGUUGUGGUGUAUAGGGUGGAGAGAAAAGAUGUUGAAUCCCGUUAG